AAUGUAAAAGCAAUUUUAAUGCCCUACCUGUCUUCAUUGGUGCAAUCGUUCAAAUUCAAUUAAACCAAAACGUGGUUGUAUUGCCAAAUAAAUCGGUUUGUUUUUUUCUACAAAUUCUCUCAGAUUUCUUUAAACUAUGGCUAUGGCUAUGUCGAGUGAAAAACAACUUCGAUCUUCUUUCAAGUCUUCUGUGGGCAUUAGAGUGGUUCGAGGUCCGGACUGGAAGUGGGUCAUUUUCAGAUGGAGGCGAAGGAAAUAUUGGGACUGUAGUGGAAAUAUGUAAAUUUCCGAAACGAACCGUGUUGGUAAAAUGGGAUUUGAUGGGCUGCUCAAAUUAUAAAAUUGGGUUUGAGAAACAAUAUGAUUUAAGGAUUUUUGAUAAUUCGCAGAUGGGCAUUUUACACUCAGUGGCUUGCAAUGAAUGUAAAAUCAAGCAAAUCACUGGGUAACGAUAUAGUUGUAAUGUUUGUGUGUUAUAUAAUCUGUGUAAGAAAUGUUACCAUAGUGGUAAACAUAAUUUGUCGCACGAGUUUACCUUGUUCAGUACAACAAUGUCUUCGGGAAAUUCUUUACCCAAACGGGAAGACGAGAAUCAAGAUUUCCAGAAAUCUAGAAUAAAUUAUUAUGUCACGCAUCUACCUGUGCUCGGAAAACUGGAAAAUGAAAUAGUUGUGAUGGAACCGACCAGCGAUACAAUCUUGAACCAACUCAUCCAGGAAGUGGAUAGCUGGCAAAAUCGGACCAAGAUCCCAUCUGAAACUCCUGUUUGUCUAUUGUGUGACAAAACGUCUGAACAUAAUGUUACGUUUAUACCAUGCAAUCAUAAGUUGGCCUGUACGAACUGCAGCAUCUAUGUAAAAAAGUGCUACAGUUGUCACGUUUCCGUAGAAAAACGUGUGGCUCCAGAUGGCACGGAUUUACCAAUUGUAUGCAAAUACAAAGAUAGACUAGAUGCAAUUAGAUCACAACUGUUGAGGAUUGAAGAGAAUUUUGCGUGUGGCAUUUGUAUGGAAAACAUUAUUGACAUUGCUUUUGAGUGCGGUCACAGGGCUUGCUCGAGGUGCAUAGAAAAUCUUAGAGGAAAAUGUCAUAUGUGCAGACAACCUAUUUCUAUGACUAUUGAAAUUUGAAAACUGUUUUUUAUAAUAUUUCCUUAUUUAAUUAUGUAACGUCCAAUUACUUUUAUUUUCUUUACUUAUACAUGACACAAGAUUAUACAAGUAGCAGUAGUUUUACAACGCAUUUAAUAACAAAAACGCAAUAACAUUGAUAAAUUUAAUUAAAAUAUCUGCAUAAGAUCUUGUAUAUGAAUCAAUUAAUUUAUUAAAUUGUU